UAGCCCGGCACCGACUCCGGACCAAGCACACGUGUUUACCUUGUGCACUGGGGUGGGGGCGUCAGUGAAGAGCAGCUAACAAGAUUUCGUCAUAAGACCGCGACCAGACAGGCGGCGCCAUCUUCGAACUUAGACUUCCGGAAGGACUUUGGCGAGGGUGAGUGUACCGCCGCAGCGGGUGUGUGGGGGGCCCCACAAUUACUCCUCCCCCUUCUUUUGCCAUAGCACUAAGGUAUUGGGAACAAACUCCUGGCUCCGUUCUUCUCCCAGCCACAGCAGAGCGCCUUUCAGCGUCUGCGCUCCUACAGAGCACCAUCAUGCUCCGCACCUUCCCUACUGUGGCCACCGUGCACCCCCCAUCUCUGCAAGCCUCGGGUCUUGCCCUCCUCCCCUAUGCGGUGUCGGUAACGCGGAAGCCUGUGUCCGGGCCUAGGCGCUGCAUACAUAGCGUCCCUCGAACUCGGCGAACCUACAGUAGUCCUUGUUAGAAAAACCAGGGCUCCUCUCCCGCACAGGCUAGUGGAGAAAUCUGCCUUCACGCCCAGGACUGAAGAAGGGCAGGUGAUGGCCCCUAGAGUAGUUGUGGGUCAAUCUCUUUCAGCUGUGUCCCACCCUCUUCCUCGAGGAGGCUCUUUAACCCCGAGGGUUGUGCCCCGCGCGCUGCAACGCCAUUGGCGUAGCCAAGGGCUAGUUGUGUUUCCCUGUCUAGUCCUUUUGUCCCGUGGCAAGUUGGCUGUCUGUUGGGGAAGUCAGAGGUGGCGACUUCAACUCCGUCGGAGGCAACUCACUUUGUUGGAGGGAUGUACAGGGGGCAGCCAUUUUGGGGGGUGCUGAUGGAUACCUGCGGGGUCGGCUAUGUUGCCCUGGGGGAGGCCGGCCCCGUGGGGAACAUGACUGUGGCAGACUCUCCUGGACAAGAGGUGCUAAAUCAGCUUGAUGUCAAGACCUCUUCAGAAAUAACCAGCGCAGAGGCUUCCAUAGAGAUGUCAUUACCUACCCCUUUACCUGGAUUUGAGGAUUCUCCUGAUCAGAGUAGGCUCCCUCCAGAGCAGGAAAGCCUCUCCAGACUGGAACAGCAAGAUCUUUCUUCAGAGAUGUCAAAGGUCUCAAAGCCUAGGGCCUCCAAGCCUGGCCGGAAGAGAGGUGGUAGGACACGAAAAGGCCCCAAAAGGCCCCAACAGCCUAAUCCUCCAUCAGCCCCUCUGGUUCCUGGUCUCUUAGAUCAAUCCAACCCUCUGUCCACCCCCAUGCCUAAGAAACGAGGUCGAAAGUCCAAGGCAGAGCUGCUACUGCUGAAGUUGUCAAAAGACCUAGAUCGGCCAGAAUCUCAAUCUCCAAAGAGGCCCCCUGAGGACUUUGAGACCCCUUCUGGGGAACGACCCCGCCGAAGGGCUGCCCAAGUGGCACUUCUGUAUCUUCAGGAACUGGCUGAAGAGCUCUCAACAGCCCUGCCUGCUCCUGUGUCCUGUCCUGAGGGCCCCAAGGUGAGCAGCCCCACCAGACCGAAGAAGAUCCGGCAGCCAGCAGCCUGUCCAGGUGGAGAAGAGGUGGAUGGUGCUCCACGGGAUGAAGACUUUUUUCUCCAGGUUGAGGCUGAAGAUGUGGAAGAAAGUGAGGGCCCAAGUGAGAGCUCAUCUGAACCUGAGCCUGCAGUGCCUCGAAGCACCCUGCGAGGAUCUACUUCAGGGAAGCAGAAGCCACACUGCCGGGGAAUGGCUCCCAAUGGCUUACCAAAUCACAUCAUGGCUCCUGUUUGGAAGUGCCUCCAUCUCACCAAGGACUUCCGAGAGCAGAAACAUUCAUACUGGGAGUUUGCUGAAUGGAUUCCUUUAGCCUGGAAGUGGCACUUGUUAUCUGAGCUUGAGGCCACUCCCUACCUGCCCCAGGAGGAGAAGUCUCCAUUGUUUUCUGUACAACGUGAAGGGCUACCUGAAGAUGGCACCCUCUACCGAAUAAACAGAUUUAGCUCGAUCACAGCACAUCCAGAGCGCUGGGAUGUGUCCUUCUUCACGGGGGGACCGCUCUGGGCUCUGGACUGGUGCCCAGUGCCAGAGGGGGCCGGAGCCUCCCAAUAUGUGGCUCUUUUCUCCAGCCCUGACAUGAAUGAGACACACCCACUGAGCCAGCUUCAUUCGGGUCCUGGGCUGCUCCAGCUCUGGGGCCUUGGGACUUUGCAGCAAGAAAGCUGUCCUGGCAACAGGGCCCACUUUGUCUAUGGCAUUGCUUGUGACAACGGCUGCAUCUGGGACCUCAAGUUCUGCCCAAGUGGAGCAUGGGAACUUCCAGGCACCCCUCGGAAGGCUCCUCUCCUGCCCCGGCUGGGUCUCUUGGCUCUGGCCUGCUCAGACGGGAAAGUACUGCUAUUCAGUCUACCCCAUCCGGAGGCCCUGCUGGCUCAGCAACCCCCAGAUGCAGUGAAGCCUGCCAUAUAUAAGGUACAAUGUGUGGCAACUCUGCAGGUGGGGUCUAUGCAAGCUACAGACCCCUCUGAGUGUGGUCAGUGCCUUAGCCUGGCCUGGAUGCCUACCAGGCCCCACCAACACCUAGCUGCUGGAUAUUAUAAUGGCAUGGUGGUUUUCUGGAACCUUCCCACUAACUCACCCCUGCAGCGGAUACGGCUCUCUGAUGGCUCCUUAAAGCUCUACCCCUUCCAGUGUUUCCUAGCCCAUGACCAGGCUGUGCGUACCCUUCAAUGGUGCAAAGCUAACAGCCAUUUCCUUGUCUCUGCGGGGAGUGACCGGAAAAUCAAAUUCUGGGACCUUCGACGACCUUACGAACCCAUAAACUCUAUCAAGCGCUUCUUGAGUACAGAACUGGCCUGGCUGCUCCCUUACAAUGGUGUCACUGUGGCUCAGGACAACUGCUAUGCCUCUUAUGGACUCUGUGGGAUUCAUUAUAUUGACGCUGGUUACCUUGGUUUCAAGGCCUACUUCACUGCUCCUCGAAAAGGCACCGUUUGGAGUCUUUCAGGAUCCGACUGGCUUGGGACAAUAGCUGCAGGAGAUAUAUCCGGGGAGCUCAUUGCUGCUAUAUUACCAGAUAUGGCACUGAAUCCGAUAAAUGUCAAGCGACCUGUAGAGCGAAGAUUUCCUAUAUAUAAAGCAGAUCUGAUACCAUAUCAGGACAGUCCUGAAGGUCCAGACCAUUCUUCUGCUUCAUCUGGGGUCCCCAACCCUCCCAAGGCUCGAACUUAUACUGAAACUGUCAACCAUCACUACUUGCUCUUUCAAGACACAGAUUUGGGUUCAUUCCAUGAUCUGCUCCGUAGAGAACCAAUGCUGCGCAUGCAGGAGGGAGAGGGGCAUUCUCAACUCUGCCUGGACAGGCUGCAGCUGGAGGCUAUUCAUAAGGUACGUUUCAGCCCAAACCUGGACUCCUAUGGAUGGCUGGUAUCUGGGGGGCAGUCAGGGCUGGUUCGAAUCCAUUUUGUCCGUGGACUCGCCUCCCCACUGGGCCACCGUAUGCAGCUUGAAAGCCGAGCCCACUUCAAUGCCAUGUUCCAACCACCCUCCCCCACUAGACGGCCUGGCUUCUCUCCAACCAGCCAUCGCCUUCUGCCCACUCCCUAGCCUUGGCCCACACCAGAUCCUUGGAGUGAAGUCGGUCAAGAACAAAUGGCCCCUAUGCACAGAGCCAUAGGAACUGGGGGCCUUCCCUGGACAGUGAUCAUGCCAGGCCUGGACCUUUAGGCCUGCCUCCCCAGGACUCCUUAGAUCCCACUCUUUCUACAGACUUCUGUGAUCACAGCCCCCUGCGGGCAGGGGGGCUCUCCCUCCACCAACUCUCAAGGCUCCUCAGCCUAAGACUAUGGCUCAUGAGAAACACUCAGGCCUGACCUAGGCUUGGGAGUCAAACUGCUCAUAUUGAGCAUAUUGUUAAGUGGGUAAAGCCAAGUAAAGGUACUGGGUGUUUUUGCGACCACUUGUGAAUGGGUGUAUGGAGAACUGAAAAGGGUAUCUGCAUGAAGGCUCCUGUCUGACUAUUCCAGGAUCCAAUAUUACUGCCUUCUGAAACUUCCUCUUUAGGGUAACCAUCAUGUAUGCCCACGAGGGUGAUAGUAAUUUGUGAGACUGAAGUUGCUUAGAGUACUUCUUUGACCAAGGAAUGCCACAGACACCCUACCGAUAGAACAGUGGCUCAGAUCUUACUUGCUCCCGCUUACAAAGUAUUCCCAAUCACUGGUCAUCUGACCCUACUUGAACACUCCUGAACAGUCAUGUUUUUUAAAAUCUUCCUUUGUAUCAAGUCAGAGAGUAUACUUCUAUAAAUUUCACUCAUGGGUGUUAGGAAAUCUAGUCAUCUUCCCUGUGAUUGCCCUGUUAAGUAUUUAACCAUAGCUAUCAUGUGUUUCCCAAAUCUUCUCUAGAUUAAAUAUCUUCAGUUACUUCAA